CCAAAUAAGAGACUUGAUAAAAUAGCAAGCCUGUAACUGGAGUAGCUGUAAGGAAAUUUUCUCUUCUAAAACACGAUACCAAAUAGGAAAAAUGAUCUACAAGUGCCCCAUGUGUAGGGAAUUUUUCUCUGAGAGAGCAGACCUUUUUAUGCAUCAGAAAAUCCACACAGCUGAGAAGCCCCAUAAAUGUGACAAGUGUGAUAAGGGUUUCUUUCAUAUAUCAGAACUUCAUAUUCAUUGGCGAGACCACACAGGAGAGAAGGUCUAUAAAUGUGAUGAUUGUGGCAAGGAUUUUAGCACUACAACAAAACUCAAUAGACAUAAGAAAAUCCACACAGUGGAGAAGCCCUAUAAGUGUUAUGAGUGUGGCAAAGCCUUCAAUUGGAGCUCCCACCUGCAAAUUCAUAUGCGAGUCCACACAGGUGAAAAGCCCUAUGUCUGUAGUGAAUGUGGCAGGGGCUUCAGUAAUAGUUCAAAUCUUUGCAUGCACCAGAGGGUCCACACAGGUGAGAAACCCUUCAAAUGUGAAGAGUGUGGAAAGGCCUUCAGGCACACCUCCAGCCUCUGCAUGCAUCAGAGGGUCCACACCGGAGAGAAGCCCUAUAAAUGCUACGAGUGUGGGAAAGCCUUCAGCCAGAGCUCCAGCCUCUGCAUUCACCAGAGAGUGCAUACAGGAGAGAAACCUUAUAGGUGUUGUGGGUGUGGGAAAGCCUUCAGCCAGAGCUCCAGCCUCUGCAUCCACCAGAGAGUACACACAGGAGAGAAGCCCUUUAAGUGCGAUGAGUGUGGAAAGGCCUUCAGCCAGAGCACUAGCCUCUGCAUCCAUCAGAGAGUACACACCAAGGAAAGAAACCAUCUCAAGAUAUCAGUUAUAUAAAACGUUUUGCUAGGAGUUAAAAAUCUUAAAACCCUUAAGUGCCACUAGGAAGGAAACCCUGUAAUAUACCUACAUUGACCCAAGAAAAGAUUGACAGCAGUACCCAGCAAAUUGACUUUUUUGAAGAGGCUUAGGUGAGGUUCAUUUUUUGGUUCGUUGAUUUAUGCCAAGUGUGUUCCACAUCUUGAGUUUGAAUGUGGGAGCCAUCUGAGCACGUGCCUGAGUCAGGCUCUUGUGUCCCAGUCACAGACAUGUGCUUCCCAGGAUCCAGCACGAUGCCUCAGUGGUUGAAAUGCUGCCCAAAGCCUGGGAGCAGGGCCUGGCCUCCUGAGCCACCUUCAGCCUGCUGUCCUGAGAAGUGGCCCAGUGCUCCCAUGGGAGCUCCCACCCUUCCUUCCUCUUGAUCUCCUCCUGGUCAGUGCAUUUGAAGAGGGACAGCUCCCACUCUGAGCAUGUUUUGGCAUUUCUGAGGCUGUCAUGUGAUUCAGUUCCAUAGCUUUCCAUAUGUCCCAUUGUUUCAGCACCCACUUUACCUCAUGUCCUCAAAUACCUACCCCUUCCUAGAUGGCAUUCAAUUUGCUUUAGAUUUUAGGUGACUCAUUCCCACUCACUUCGCCUAUCAGAAGUCAUUGGCAGGCAUACAUGCUCUGAAAUUCUAGUUUUGUAGAUUCUGCUAAUCACUGUGUCUCCAUUGUAGACUUAUUUUCUAGUGGCUGCACCACAUAUUUUGAACUUGAAAUUUUUUUAGGGGGGAUAGCUGAAUAAGAAGCAGGAGGAAGAAGCAAGCAGAGUAUGAACUCGUGUCCUCCCAGAAUUGUGCCCUCGAGCUUUCUUUGUAACAUGGGAUGCUCCUUCCGAAUCAGGGGAGACCUUAGCAGAAGGGAUGAUGGGGGAGCCCCUCUGGAUCGUGUCACUGUUCUGACACCGUGGGCAGUUCUGUGGAGGAGUCCUUGGGUUCUGUGCACCAGUUCCUGCUUAGGCAUGAAUGUCUGCUCUCAUUCUGUCAUUCUUGGCAUUCUUCACUCAGCAAAUAUUUAUUGAACACCUGGGUGCCAGGCACUGCUGGGUGCUGGGCAUACCACUGAGUCAGACAAGGUCCCUGCUCUCAUGGAGUUUUAUUUCUGGUGGAGAACACAGAUGAUAAGUAAACAAAUAAUGUAGUUUGAGGUAGUGGUUAAGUACUAUGAAGAAAAUAAACUGGGGUGGUGACGUAGAGGGGGUGGGGGUGGGUGGCAUUAGCUAGGGUCAGGGAGGGCCCUGCCAGGGGCUGCUGGGCUGGCCAUGCAGUGCCUGGUGCCAGCUGCCCUGCAGGUGCUGCUUGCCGGGGGGACAGGAGGAUGGCUAGGCGUCAGGUAUGGGGCUGAGUAACCAUGCGGUAGCCUGACUGCUGUGGGCCUGUUUGGGGUUUUCUGUUUUGUUUUUACUAGAUUGGUAUUAAAAACUCUAUGGGGAAACUCAAGGAAUGUUUAGAAGACCAAAAGUCCCCAAUGACGUGAACAAAAGCAACCAGUUUUCCCCUUCGUUUUGCUUCUCAUUCCUGUUUUAUUGAUUUCCCACUUGCAGCCCUCACGCUCAGGAAGUCUUGGGGAAACUAAGGAUCUGUGAAGCUCUGAAAUGGGUGGUCAGGUUGGUAGUGUCUGUCCGCUGUCUCAGGCGGGUAACGAAUUUCUCAAAAUAAUUACCAAAAUACGGAAACUACA